UGCUGAAAAAUUCAUGCAGACGAGGAGAUUCAAGAAAGUUGGUGGAGAUUUUAUAUAGAACUUCCAUGUCCAUAAAGCUCUUUUAAUUUGUUCUUCCUAGUGAAACCAAGUCUAAUCUAGAGCUCACUCCACCUGUUUGAUAAAAGUAUUUCCCCUCCAUUUCAAAUUCCUACUCCACUUCUUGUUUUCUUUUGUUUUCUUUCCCAGACAGCUCUUUUAAUUUUGGACAGCAGAGACGAGAUGUUUGCUGUAAAAGUUGAGGAGGGAAGAGAAGGCCACGGCGGGCAGCCAUCCGUGGGCCCCGUAUACCGGAAUCUGUUGGCUAAGGAUGAAUUCCCUCCUGCCGAUCCAUACUUAUCUACUGCUUGGGAACUCCUAAGAGCUUCUGUGGAGAAGCAUCCAACAAAUAAAAUGUUGGGGUGGCGAGAACUCGUUAAUGGCAAGUGGGGCCCAUAUGCUUGGAAAACCUACAGUGAAGCUUUCCAAGAAAUUCUGCAGGCGGGUUCUGCAUUACGAGCUCAUGGUGUCGAACCUGGUGCUCGAAUUGGAAUUUAUGGAUCCAACUGCCCUCAAUGGAUCGUAGCAAUGGAGGCCUGCGGUGCCCAGAGCUUUAUUUGUGUUCCACUGUAUGACACCCUUGGGUCUGGGGCUGUUGAUUUUAUAAUAGGCCACUCUGAGAUCGAUGUGGUUUUUGUCCAAGACAAGAAAGUGAAAGAACUUCUUAAUGCUGAAUGUACGCACUUGAAACGACUGAAAAUUAUUGUCUGUCUCACCUCACUAAAGAAGGAAGAGAAGGAUAAGGCUAUCUCCAUGGGGAUCAAGCCAUACUCUUGGAAUGAGUUUCUCCAAAUGGGUAAGGAGCAUCCAUGGGAGGUUACACCACCACAGCCGUUUAAUAUUUGCACCAUAAUGUACACCAGCGGAACUAGUGGAGAACCUAAAGGUGUCAUUUUGACACAUGAAAAUAUUGCAUCAGCUGCAAGAGGUUUGGAUCUUUUUAUGGACCAGUUUGAAGAUAAGAUGACAGUUGAUGAUGUGUACAUAUCAUUCUUGCCACUUGCCCAUAUCCUUGAUCGCAUGAUUGAAGAGUACUUCUUCUACAAGGGUGCUUCAGUUGGCUACUACCACGGGAAUAUCAAUGAGAUAAAAGAUGAUCUGGAGGAGUUGAAGCCGACCUUCUUGGCAGGAGUGCCUCGAGUUUUUGAAAGAAUCCACGAAGGUGUCCUGAAAGCACUAGAUGAACUCAAUCCAUUCAGGAGAGCAGUUUUCAACUUUCUGUAUAACUACAAACUCAAAUGGAUGAAGCUAGGCUACAAGCACAGAGCUGCAUCACGACUUGCGGAUUUGCUUGCUUUUAGAAAGGUAAAAGCAAGGCUAGGUGGCCGACUUCGCCUGAUAGUUUCUGGUGGUGCGGCGCUGGGCAGUGAGAUUGAAGAAUUCUUGAGGGUCACGUCUUGUGCAUUUGUCGUACAAGGAUACGGGCUAACUGAGACGUGUGGGUUGACCACGAUAUGCUACCCAGAUGAAAUGUGCAUGCUUGGAACGGUUGGAUCCCCAUUUGUAUACACAGAAAUACGUCUGGAAGAGGUUGCAGAAAUGGGUUACAACCCCCUUGGAGAGCCCUCGCGAGGGGAGAUAUGUGUCAAGGGGAAGACAAAUUUUGCAGGAUAUUACAAGAACCCAGAAUUGACUAGAGAAGUCUGUAAAGACGGGUGGUUUCACACAGGUGACAUUGGGGAAAUGUUGCCCAACGGAGUUAUAAAAAUAAUUGACAGAAAGAAAAAUCUCAUAAAGCUCUCUCAAGGAGAAUACGUCGCGGUUGAAUAUCUUGAAAAGAUUUAUGGUAUAGCGCCCAUUGUUGAAGACAUAUGGGUGUAUGGGGACAGUUUCAAUUCUAUGCUGGUUGCAGUGGUGGUUCCCCAUCAAGAGAACACCUCUAAAUGGGCGCAUCAAAACGGGCAUUUUGGCUCUUUUCAAGAGCUUUGCUCUCUUGAGAAGUUGGAGAAUCAUGUCCUCAUUGAGUUGAGGGCUAUUGCGGAGAGGAAUAAGCUAAGGGGUUUUGAGUACAUUAAAGGAGUCAUUCUUGAGCCCCAACUCUUUGAGCUCGGCAAUGACUUGGUUACAGCUACAUUGAAGAAAAGAAGAGAUAAAUUGUUCAAGCAUUACGAGAGAGAAAUCUCGAGUCUUUAUGAAAACCUCACAAGUGCACCUAAGAAGCAAUAGGUUCUAUCAUGGAUGUUCAAUGUGCGGCUGAAUUGUCUUUGCAGAAAGAAAUCUUCAUUGUGUCAUAUGUAUGAGUAUAAAGUUGUAUUGCAACCAUCAUUACACUAUCAUAAUUUCGAAUAAGAAGAGGUAAGUUCUGCAUUCAAACUACUCUAGUUUUGAGUGUGUUCAAACUAUUGAAGUUCUGAAUGUUUGGCCACAACAUCGCCGUCUGUUGAACCAACUUUUCAUGUGAAUCAACCCGUGUCAAUGUGUCAGCAAAGUACACACAGAAUACCCAUAUUACUAACAAGCCAGUGAAACAAAUUGUCAUUCAAUAG